AUGGACUGGUUGUCUAGGCAUUACGCCCAAAUAGACUGUCAAAGGCAGGAAGUAGUAUUCAAUCUAACUGCACGAGAAUGGAUCUGUUCUAUGGGUGAGACUGUUCGAAUUGAUUUGUCUACAGUAACAGGUGAACAAGUCAAGAAGUAUUUAGUGAACGGGGAAAACGUUUAUCUAGUAAUGAUGAUAGACGUCAUGGUAGGAUCUAAAGAAAUCCAAGGAAUCCCUGUGAUUGAGGAUUUUCCUAGGGUCUUCGCCGACGAACUACCUGGAUUACCCCCAGAUCGAAGGCCAAAAUUUGUAAUCGAGCUUGAACCGGCCACAACCCCAGUGCAUAAGGCACCCUAUCGAAUGUUCCCAACAGAGUUGAAAGAGCUUAAAGUGCAAAUUGAAGAGCUUCUAGUGAAAGGUUUUAUCCGACCUAGCUCAUCGUCGUGGGGAGCACUGGUCUUGUUUGUUAAGAAGAAGGAUGAGACUCUUAGGAUGUGUAUCGAUUAUAGGGAAUUGAACAAGGUGACUGUCAAGAAUAAAUAUCCCUUGCCAAGGAUAGACGAUAUGUUAGAUCAAUUACAAGGAGCUGCGAUUUUCUCAAAGAUUGAUCUACGUUCCAGAUGUCACCAACUCAGAAUCAGGGAUUUUGUAAUAGCAUUCUUAGAUGACAUAUUGAUCUACUCCCAUGAUGAGGAAGAGCAUAAGAGGCACUUGAGGAUUGUACUCAAGAUAUUGCGAGAACAUCAAUUGUUUGUAGAUGGGUUUUCUAGACUUUCUAGCCCUUUAACGGCUCUGACAAGGAAGAAGGCUAGAUAUGUAUGCAUUAAGCAGUGUGAGAAGAGUUUUCAAGAAUUGAAGAAGAGGUUGACUUUGGCCCCAGUAUUAGCACUACCAGAACCUGACAAGCCCUACGUAGUCUACAGUGAUGGCUCUAAGAUGGGUUUGGGAUGCGUUCUAAUGCAAAAAGGAAGAAACAUUGCUUACGCUUCGCUGCAGCUCAAGGAUCAUGAACGAAAUUAUCCUACCCACGACUUGGAAUUGGCAGGCUCAAAGGAAGCAGGAAGAAGAAAUCUACGCAAUUUUGACCUAGAAGCAGAAUCGAGUCGCACAACGGAAGAAUGCGCAAGUCGGUUUAUACCAUGUGAAACCUCAGAUUCGUCUACAGAUCGUAUUUGCUUCCAUGAACAAGGUCAACCAAUUGAGGAUACGGAGCUUGAGAUAGAGCAUAGGUUGAAUGAAAUGCAAGUCAAUAUGUAUUUUGAUUAUGAUUUGCAAGCCAUAUUUUACGUUUCACAGGAUUCCGUGGCUGAGGAGGCAGAUGAAGUGCCGUCAUCCUCAACAUCGUCCAAGAAGUCUACGGCCGCAUAUGGAAGAGGUAGUAGUCCGCAGUGGUUGAAUGAUUGUGGAGAGGUUAGGGUGGAUAAACAAGUGUUAGUUACUUUUUCUAUUGGGAAGUAUCAAGAUGAGGUGCUUUGUGAUGUUGUGCCUAUGCAUGCGGGCCAUAUUUUGUUGGGGAGGCCGUGGCAGUAUGAUAGGAGAGUGACACAUGAUGGGUUCAAGAACAUGUACAGCUUUGAAAAGGAGGGCAAAACAAUUAAACUUGCUCCUUUAACUCCAAGCCAGGUCUAUGAGGACCAAUUGAAAUUGAAAAGUGAGAGUGAAAAAGAGAUUGAGCAAAAAAGAAAGAAAAAAAUAGUGGAGCCACGAGAGAAAAAAGAAAGAGAGUCUUCUGAGAGAAAAGGAAAGGCAAAAGUGAGUUUCUAUGCAAGAGAGAGUGAGGUUAAGAGGGCUUUCUUCGCAGAUCGCCCUAUGAUUUUUCUUGUCUAUAAAGAGUCUUAUCUUACUCUUGAUGAAACUAACCAGUCUCUUCCUAGUUUGGCUGUUUCUUUGUUGCAGGAGUUUGAGGAUGUAUUCCCGGAGGAGAUGCCGAAUGAGUUGCCACCCAUUAGAGGCAUUGAGCACCAGAUUGAUUUUGUGCCCGGGGCUGCUAUUCCAAACCGACCAGCCUAUAGGAGUAAUCCAGAGGAGACAAAGGAGCUUCAGAGGCAAGUUGAGGAUUUGAUGAGCAAGGGGUACGUGAGGGAGAGCAUGAGCCCUUGUGCAGUACCAGUGCUACUAGUGCCAAAGAAGGAUGGGACGUGGAGGAUGUGCAUUGAUUGCAGGGCGGUCAACAAUAUCACGGUAAAGUAUCGCCAUCCCAUUCCUAGAUUGGAUGAUAUGCUUGAUGAAUUGCAUGGUUCAUGUAUUUUCAGUAAAAUUGAUCUUAAAAGUGGGUACCAUCAAAUUAGAAUGAAAGAGGGUGAUGAAUGGAAAACUGCUUUUAAGACUAAGUAUGGGCUUUAUGAAUGGUUGGUUAUGCCAUUUGGACUUACAAAUGCGCCCAGUACUUUCAUGAGAUUAAUGAACCAUGUCCUACGUGCAUUCAUAGGCAAGUUUGUGGUUGUGUACUUUGAUGAUAUCUUAGUGUACAGCAAGAACUUAAAUGAACAUAUUGAGCAUUUGAGAUAUGUGUUUGAUGUGUUGAGAUGUGAAAAGUUGUAUGCUAAUUUCAAGAAAUGUGCCUUUUGCAUGGAAAAAGUUGUUUUUCUUGGUUACGUUGUUAGUACAAAGGGUAUUGAGGUGGAUGAAGAGAAAGUCAAGGCCAUCAAGGAGUGGCCAACGCCAAAAAGCAUCACUGAGGUAAGAAGCUUUCAUGGGCUAGCUAGCUUUUAUCGGCGUUUUGUUAAAGACUUCAGCACCAUUGCUGCACCACUCACUGAGGUAAUUAAAAAGAAUGUUGGGUUUCAUUGGGGGGCUAAUCAAGAGAAUGCUUUUGCCACUAUUAAAGAAAGGUUGUGCUCUGCACCUGUGUUAGCAUUACCUGAUUUUAACAAAGCUUUUGAGAUUGAAUGUGAUGCCUCAGGAAUAGGGAUUGGAGCCGUUUUGAUGCAGGAUAGGCGGCCCAUAGCCUUCUUCAGUGAAAAGUUAAGUGGGGCAUCCCUGAAGUACCCUACUUAUGACAAAGAGCUUUAUGCUCUUGUUCAUGCAUUAGAGACUUGGCAGCACUACCUAUGGCCAAGGGAAUUUGUGAUCCACACCGAUCAUGAAUCAUUGAAGCAUCUCAAGGGUCAAGAUAAGUUGAAUAAAAGGCAUGCUAGAUGGAUGGAAUAUAUUGAGACCUUUCCCUAUGUCAUCCGUUACAAGCAAGGUAAGGAGAACAUUGUUGCUGAUGCUCUAUUCCGGAGGUAUGUACUUCUUACUUCUAUGAGUGCCAAAAUGCUUGGGUUUGAAUACGUGAAAGACAUGUAUGCCGAUGAUGCUGAUUUUUCAAAUGUGUAUGUGGCAUGUGAUAAGGCGGCAUUUGGUAAGUUUUACAAGCAUGAUGGUUAUUUGUUUAAAGAAAGCAAACUUUGUCUGCCAAAUUGUUCUAUGCGUGAGUUAUUGGUGCGUGAGGCACAUGGUGGGGGGUUAAUGGGACACUUUGGUGUCAAGAAAACUUUAGACAUUUUGCAUGAACAUUUCUUUUGGCCU